CUAUCUUUUUCUUUAUCUCUCUCUUCUGUUCAAUAACAAAAUCCAGAACUAUAUGAGACCUUGUUUUCACUUACCACCUUCUUAGAGGAGAAAAGUAAAACAUUCACGAUAUGGUGAGCUUACGAAGACGUAGGCUAUUGGGUCUUUGUUGUGGACCAAAUGGUUAUGUGACACCACUUCCAUUUUUAACUGCUGAGGAGAUGAUCACUGGGAUUCCAAAUCCUAAUGCCAAAUCAGCUUAUAAUCCCGGGCCAGAAGAAACGUUUAAAACGGCUAUAGACGAGAAAAUGGCUAUUGAAGAGAGGAGCCGAAUAACUCGGUCAAAACAUAUGCAUUUCAGGUCUGAUUACUCAGAUAUUUCACCGGUUAAUUCUGAUUCCAUCUCACCAAAAUACCAGCCGCCGAAACGAAGAAAGCAGCAUAGAAGAAAGCGAGUACAUAACCAAGAACCAUGUUUGAUGAGAGGAGUCUACUACAAAAACAUGAAAUGGCAAGCCGCCAUUAAAGUCAAGAAGAAACAAAUCCACUUAGGCACUUUCUCUUCACAAGAAGAGGCUGCUCGUUUAUAUGAUAGGGCUGCUUUCAUGUGUGGGAGGGAACCAAACUUUGAGCUCUCGGAAGAAGAUAAACGAGAACUCAAACAGCAAAGCUGGGAAGAGUUCUUGGAUUGCACACGCCGAACAAUUACGAACAAAAAACCAAAGAUUAGGAUAGACCAUGAGGAUAAGGAGAUCAAUGCGAGCAUGCCACAUCAACCAGAAGAAGAAGAGCAAGACUAAGACCAAAUGUGAUCAAUUGUGCAAAAGAUACCACCAGACUCAUACAAAGACCAAAUGUGAUAAAUUGUGAAAAGGAUA